AUGGAUUCCGCGCUCGAUACAGGCAUUUCGCCUUUGGACCACUUGACAACACAGCUCUUCGAGUGGUCUUUCCGCGAUGAAAGUGAGCUCGAGAAAAGACAGAGGGCCGUUGAAGUCUUGAGACAGAAACGUAGUAGGAAAAGGGCUCGUGUCAAUACUUACAAUACACACCCCGCUACGCCUGACAACUCAUCCGAGGAUGACUGGACGGCACCGAACACACCAGACACAAGAAGAGAGCCCAGUGACCUUGGGCAGAAAGCCGGCGAUGAAUGUAGCACAACCGUGCCCGUUGCUGCUGUAGCUGCGCUGAUGCAGGAGAUUGCCAAGAACAAAUGGAUUGCUGUCAUUUUGGUGGAAUUCGACGGCAGCGAGAAGGCGGUGUUGAGGGUGGGUGUUCCGUCUCAAGACAGGUAUGUCUGGAGAGAAAUCUUAGGGCUUCUUGAAAGCGCUGGCCAGGAUACUAAGAGGGGAUUUGAACUGUAA